AGUUUAAAAACCAAUUUCGUGACGAUUGUGAAACAUUUCCACGUGAAAAAACUCCAUGAGAGUUGGAAAUGAGUUGCUCAACGUACACCUGCAUCACUUGUCGAGUGGCUUUCCUGGAUGCUGACCUACAGAGGGCACACUAUAAAACAGACUGGCAUCGCUACAACCUCAAAAGGAAAGUGGCAGAGUUACCACCUGUGACUGCAGAGAACUUUCAGGAACGAGUUCUUGCACAGAGAGCACAGCUUGCUGAAGAGGACAGACCAACACCUGGCUACUGUCAUUAUUGCCAGAAGAGGUUCAGCACACAGAAUGCCUAUGAUAACCACUUGAGUUCAAAGAAGCAUAAAGAAUUAGAAGCCAAACAACGGGAAGUUGUUGAGGCACAAGUUAGGAAGAAGAAUGAGAAGAACAAGGAAAAAGGCUUGGCAGUUCAAGUUGAAAAUUUGAAAUUGACCGAGAAGAACCUGAAGAAUCUAGCGAUAAAAAAUCGGCUAGGCGAUGCAGAGGGUGCUGGUGGUGCGCCAGGUGGAAGUGGUGACAAGUUGAAGCAGAGGAGCGGGAAAGCGGAGCUAUUUGAUGAAGAUGAUAUAGAAACCGAUUCUGAGGAAGAAGAAGUGUCUGACUUUGAGGGAGAAGCUCUUGGUCUUGAAGAGUGUUUAUUCUGCUCCCACAUAUCCGACACGAUGGAGGACAAUAUCAAACACAUGACGACAGCACAUAGUUUCUUUUUACCCGACGUGGAGUAUGUGGCAGAUUUAGAGGGAUUAAUAGGCUACCUGGGAGAAAAAGUUGGAGUUGGUAACGUUUGUCUUUGGUGUAAUGAAAAGGGCCGCGCCUUCCUCACAGUCAAGUCAGUACAACAACACAUGAUUGAUAAGGGCCACUGUAAAAUAUCAUUUGACAUGGACAAUGCACUGGAGUAUGCCGACUUCUAUGACUACAGGAGCAGUUAUCCAGAUUAUAAAGAGGGAGAAGAGCCAAUGGAAGGAGACGAUGAUGGAGGUCAGGAGGACCAAGAUGAGAUCCGACAGAAGGUGCUGGAUUCACAGAAUUAUGAACUAGUCCUGCCAUCUGGUUCAUCUGUGGGUCAUCGGUCGCUCAUGAAGUAUUAUCGGCAAAACCUUCCGCUGAGAAAUGGCAAGAGAAGCACAGUGAUAUCAAAAGUUAUGGCACAUUAUCGGGGGCUUGGAUGGACAGGAACUAUAGGGCCUGGAGCAGAAAAGAAGGCCAAAGACUUGGCAUACGUCCAGCGAAUGAAACACAAACAUCACAUGAAAAUCGGAGUAAAAGCUAAUAAAUUGCAGAAACAUUUCCGUGAGCAGGUCCUGUUUUAGAUGUCAGCAUGUGCCUUUCCUGGAUUAUGAUUGUACAUGACUGGACAUGCCCAUCCACCACCGUUGUGCGUAUAUCCAUCCUUCACCGCCAAUAACUCCACCCUGAUCGGUCGUAGGCUAAACAGGGCAUCAAUAAACUACUUAUCUUUUUAUUGACUAUGGGAAAACUGAAUAUCAAUAUCCAUAGCAUGGUACUUUGCUCAGUUUCAAAUAAAAAAACUGAGUUGGGUUGUGACUUCCUCAGGACUUGGUGGUAAUGUGCUUCAUAGAACAAGGAGUACUUGUAAAAAUGAAGAAAACAAAUUCUAUUAUUCCUGUUGUAGAAUAAAUCUUGUCCUAUUUGAUUCA